AUGAGCGCGAGCACUGACAAUGUCACCAACUUGUGGGCAAACGGGUCCUCGGUGGGCAACCGCUCAGAGUCCGCAGAAGUGGACCUCAGGAGGGCUAUCCCGCUCGGCGUGGUGCUGGGGGCUUUCAUCGCGUUCGCCAUCGCGGGCAACAUUCUGGUCAUCCUCUCGGUGGUGUGCAACAGGCACCUGCGCACCCCGACCAACUACUUCAUCAUCAACUUGGCCAUCGCCGACCUGCUGCUGGGCACCACGGUGCUGCCGGUCUCGGCCAUCCUCGAGAUCCUCGACCGCUGGGUGUUCGGGAGGAUUUUUUGUGACAUUUGGGCGGCGGUGGACGUGCUGUGUUGCACUGCGUCCAUCAUGAGCCUGUGCGUCAUUUCCAUCGACCGCUACAUCGGCGUGAGUCACCCGCUGCAGUACCCGGGCAUCGUGACGGAGAAGCGGGCUCUGCUGGCCAUGCUCGGGGUGUGGGUGCUGUCCGUGGUCAUCUCUAUCGGACCCCUGCUCGGCUGGAAGCAGCCGCCGUCGCCGGACGACAACGUGUGCUCCAUCACCGAGGAGCCCUUUUACGCGCUCUUCUCCUCCCUCGGCUCCUUCUACAUUCCUCUCGUCGUCAUUCUGGUCAUGUACUGCCGGGUGUACAUCGUGGCCAAACGGACCACCAAGAACCUGGAGGCCGGGGUCAUGCGCGAGAGGAUGAACUCCGGCGAGCUGACCCUGAGGAUCCACAAGGGCUCUCAGGCGCACGACGAACCGGCCACAAGCGGAGCCAAGGGCCGCGGACACCAGGCCAGAAGCUCCCUCACGGUCAAACUGCUCCAGUUUUCCCGGGAGAAGAAGGCGGCAAAGACUUUGGGAGUUGUGGUGGGAAUGUUUACACUUUGUUGGCUGCCUUUCUUCCUCGCCCUGCCCAUAGGCUCUUUCAAUGCGAACCUGCGGCCACCUGACCUCCUCUUCAAGGUGAUCUUCUGGUUAGGCUACUUCAACAGUUGCCUGAAUCCCAUCAUCUACCCUUGUUACAACCGCGAGUUCAAACUGGCCUUCAUUCGCAUCCUCCGCUGCCAGUGUCAUCAGCGCAGGCGCCCCGGGUGGAGUUCAUAUAAUUACCGCUCGUCUACUUUCAGCUCCUCUGGACAUUCACGCAAAGGCUCCAGUGACCAGACCCCCGGCUGCUCCAACGGCAGCCAGCGUACUCUACCAUCCUCGGCCAGCCCGAGCCCCAGCUACCUCAGCAAGGGUCUAGCGCCGUGCCCUGAGGGCGAGGCUUUAUACACCUGGACUACAAGUCCAUCUACACCCAAAGUACUGCCUGGCAGACACACAGACUGCCAGCAGGGAUGUUGGGAUAUGACGCCUGUUAAAGGAGGCGAAGCAGAGGUUGAGCUGACUACUGGAGUUUUUUCUUUCUCCUUUGGAACAGACGUAGACAAGGGUGGAGUUGGAAAUGACUUCUUAGAACCACCUUACAAUGUGUGA